AUUCACAUGAAGAAUCAAAGCCAGCCCAAGAAUUUCAAGAGAGGGGGAGAACAAGAGACCCUCUGAGAUAUUGUGAAAGAGAAAUGAACGACAAUGGAGGGAGGAGGAGGAGAGAUGGUGUGGGGAUACCUGAUGAAGGGUAUGGUCCGGGAGAAGAGUACGACAAUGGAAAGGAGAGAGGCAUGGCCGGAGAAGACGAGGUGGAGUCCAUCGAGAAGAUAUUCGCAUCCCAGGAGGUGCCGUCCUGGAAGAGCCAGCUGACAUUCAGGGCUUUUGCAGUGAGCCUGCUGCUAAGUGUUGCGUUCAGCUUCAUUGUGAUGAAGCUGAACCUCACGACGGGGAUCAUCCCCUCGCUGAAUGUUGCUGCGGGGCUGCUGGGGUACUUCUUCGUUAAGACUUGGACUAGUCUAUUCAGUAGGUUUGUGGCUGUGCCCUUUACCAGGCAGGAAAACACUGUGAUCCAGACCUGUGUCGUGGCCUCCUCAGGAAUUGCCUUUAGCGGAGGGUUUGGGAGUUACCUUUUCGCUAUGAGUGAUACACUUGCGACUGGUCCAGAUGCAAAUGUAUUCAAGAACCCAUCAUUGUCAUGGAUCAUCGGCUUUCUCUUUCUUGUCAGCUUCCUAGGCCUGUUAUCUGUGGUCCCUCUUCGGAAGAUUAUGAUAGUUGACUUCAAGUUAACAUACCCCAGCGGAACUGCGACUGCUUACCUCAUCAACAGCUUCCACACUCCGAAAGGAGCCAAGCUCGCCAAAAAACAAGUGAAAGAGCUGGGAAAGUUCUUCUCGAUCAGCUUCUUGUGGGCCUUUUUCAAGUGGUUCUUUGGAGGUGGAAAGGAUUGUGGGUUCGACGCCUUCCCAACCUUUGGCCUUGAGGCUCAUGAAAAGAGGUUCUACUUCGACUUCUCAGCUACAUAUGUUGGAGUCGGGAUGAUCUGCCCUUACAUCAUAAACAUCUCGGUUCUUGUCGGAGGGAUAAUCUCUUGGGGUCUGAUGUGGCCACUAAUUGAAAAGAGAGCAGGAGAAUGGUGGGAUCCAAUGGCUGCAAAAAUUGAAGAUAUGCGGGGCAUUAAAGGCUACAUGGUAUUUCUUGGUAUUGCUUUGAUUCUUGGGGAUGGACUCUAUAACUUCCUCAAGGUACUGAGCAUCACGUUACAUGCUAUGUACCAGCAGUUCCGGAAAAGGGAGAACGUUCUUCCUGUAGCCUCUGAUUCCUCCCCAGAGAGCUCUGAGCGCUCCUUUGAUGAGCAGAGGAGGACCCAGAUGUUUCUCAAAGACCAGAUCCCCUAUUGGUUUGCCAUUACGGGCUAUGUAGCGCUAGCAGCACUUGCCACAGGCCUUCUCCCCACUAUAUUUCCCCAACUUAAAUGGUACUACGUGUUGGUCAUAUAUAUCAUUGCUCCCCCCUUGGCCUUCUGCAAUGCUUAUGGAUGCGGUCUGACUGACUGGUCUCUGGCCUCGACCUAUGGGAAGCUUGCAAUCUUCCUCAUCGGGGCGUGGGCAGGGUCGGCUCAUGGCGGCAUUAUUGCCGGUCUCGCUGCCUGUGGAGUCAUGAUGAAUAUUGUAUCCACGGCCUCGGACUUGACACAGGACUUCAAGACCGGGUACCUAACCCUAGCGUCUCCUCGCUCCAUGUUCAUAAGCCAGGUGAUUGGUACUGCAAUGGGAUGUGUAAUCUCACCCUGUGUGUUCUGGAUCUUCUACAAGGCCUUCAAAGACUUCGGGGUUGAAAAGAGUGCUUAUCCUGUUCCAUAUGCGACUAUCUACCGAAGCAUGGCCCGAGUUGGAGUAGAAGGUUUCUCAUCCCUUCCUAAGAACUGCCUCAACCUCUGCUAUGGUUUCUUCGCGGCAGCAAUCGUGAUAAAUGGGAUCCGCGACCUUGCCGGCAAGAAGCGGGCUAGGUUCAUCCCUAUUCCAAUGGCAAUGGCUAUCCCGUUCUAUAUUGGGUCAUACUUCGCAAUUGAUAUGUGCCUUGGGAGCUUGAUCCUGUUCUUAUGGGAGAGAGUGAACAAGGCCAAGGCUGAUGCCUUUGCUCCUGCUGUUGCUUCAGGGUUGAUUUGUGGGGAAGGGAUAUGGAGCUUGCCCAGCUCAGUUAUUGCUCUUGCUGGAGUUAAGCCGCCAAUUUGCAUGAAAUUCCUGUCGAGAGCGACAAACGAAAGAGUUGAUGCAUUCCUGAAUCCUGGAUCUUAGCUUUAAGUAUAUGCAGAAGUUUCGCUUCCUUAGGAUUGCAUCCCCCAACAUGCUUGUAAUAUAAAACCCGUGCGUGAUUUCUAGUAUCUUCCGUCUAUGUCC